UCCUUGGUCUAACGUUUGGUUGAAACUUGUGCUUAAUAAUGGAAUGCAUUAGUCUACCAUAUACAUGCGGUACGGUACACUGAAGAAGGCACUACCAAAACGUUUGUCUACUUGACUUACCGUUAUCGUACACUCAAACGUCCUAUGGAUAGGUGUUUUCGUAUGAAAGCGAGGCGUAUUUUCUUCUACAUACCGGUAGUACAAGCGACACUAACCAGUUCACACACACACACACACACACACACACGCAUACACGAAUGUGUUAAAUAUCUGCAAAGUGUACUGUAGGAUAAACUGGGGGAUUUAAACUUUUAUCUGCCAAAAUGCGGAGCUAUAUUUUCUGUGUUAAAAUUACAACAUCGAAACGAUAACCACGUUAUUAAGUCACUGCAUGUAGACUGUAUAGAAGCAGGUGGCACUGUCGUCCCUGUAUGAGCAGAGAAUACAGGUGCUUUCGGUAUUAAAGACGACUAAACAUCCAUUGGACAUACAUGGGAAAAUUAUCAGCGGUGAGGUAGGUUGGUGGUGAAUGCAGCAUCCCCUAUGCAUGUUUAAUACGGUAAAAUAAUACUAAAUAAAAGGAAACAUAAUAAGCGUGGUAAAACACAUGCAAGCGAAUCACACCUAACAGCAAAGCAUAGAAGGUCACGUUUAAAAAAAAAAAAAAAUAUUGCAAAAUCACUUGAACUUUUAUUGUGGUUUCAUUUAUCAGAUAUGUCACAGGUUACUUAUUUUUUCUACUCGGCAGUUGGUGCACUAGAGCCAUUUAAUUCAGCUUGUAUUACCAGAAAGGUAGGCUAUAGAUGCUGCACAACAGGUGCACAUUUAACCAAGUCGAAUCUAACAAUAUUGAAAUUGACUGGCAGAUUGGGGAAGUUACUGGUUAUCCCCCAAAAAACAUUUGGGCAUGUAGUUCAUUGUUUCAAAUAAAACAGACGUUCAUGUGUUCUGUGGAAAGGAACUUCAAUAAGGACUCGGCAUUGCUUUAAAAAAAAAAAAAAAAUAGCUGUCUACGUGGUCAGCUACAUGGUAACGGGGCAUCUUGUUGACAUUGCCAGUCUGAUAAGGAUUACAAUACCAGGGGGAGCUGACCGGGAGGAGUGGUGGGCAAUAAAUGCGAAGCACAGCCUGCCCCAUAGUGACCCGAUGGGACGAGAGGUAGGCUGGGACAGAAAGGCAGGGCUGACAGGGUGCGGUCUCAAGCGGCUUCUGUUCCCGGAUCUGUUCAAUUUCCAUUUCAAGCUUGAGCCGUGCGCCACAGGGACGCAUUCAGAGCAACCAGAGCGCAAACCACUGCGAACACCCUCUGACCGCUGCCCAAAGACACAGAGUGGACAUUGGUAGCGAGGAACCGGCUUUGAACCCAUGUGCCAAAACAAACGGACUUCCCUAUUUAUUCAUACCCCUGUCCUCUGGUUGCAGAUCGUGCUUGACAGCUUCAAGGGAGAGAGUAAGGACGCCACCUGCUCUUUAAACGAAACCGGCACUACUGCGCUCUCGGGACGGGGACUCCUUUGCGCAUUGGGGAUGGCGAGGGUUGAGGACCCCGCGAUCCGAUUUUAAGGGUCUCUCCCCCCACCUCCCCAUACCCCGUGGGGGAGAGAAGGAGAAAAACGGGGAAACGGGGAGCAGUUUCACCCUUCCGAUCAAUCAGAUCGCCCACCUGGGGUGGAAUGAGGCUGCCUGUGCUGCUGGGGCUGUUCAGCGGCUGCGCCCUGAUCCUUGUCCCGGCCUCCGAGGGCUGCGGGCCGGGCAGGGGAUACGGCAAGAGACGGCACCCCAGGAAACUCACUCCACUCGCUUAUAAGCAGUUCAGCCCCAACGUAGCAGAGAAAACUCUCGGCGCCAGCGGCAGGUACGAGGGUAAAAUCACCAGGAAUUCCGAGCGGUUUAAAGAGCUAACUCCUAACUACAAUCCUGACAUAAUCUUCAAAGACGAGGAAAAUACAGGUGCUGACCGACUAAUGACCCAGCGCUGCAAGGACAAGCUGAACUCGCUGGCGAUCUCGGUGAUGAACCAGUGGCCCGGAGUGAAGCUGCGGGUAACGGAGGGCUGGGACGAGGACGGACAUCACUCCGAGGAGUCUCUCCACUACGAGGGACGCGCUGUGGACAUCACCACCUCCGACCGCGAUCGCAGCAAGUAUGGCAUGCUGGCCAGGCUGGCUGUGGAGGCAGGCUUUGACUGGGUGUACUACGAGUCCAAGGCACAUGUGCACUGCUCUGUGAAGUCAGAGCACUCGGUGGCUGCCAAGACGGGGGGCUGCUUUCCUGGGAAGGCCUGGACGAGGCUGGAGGACGGCAGCCGGAGGUCAGUGCAGGAUCUCCAGCCAGGAGACCGGGUCUUGGCCGCUACAGAGGAGGGUCAGGCAAUCUACAGCGAGUUCCUCACCUUCCUGGACCGGGAGCCCAGCACCAGGAAGCUCUUCUAUGUCAUCAAGACCCAGGAGGAACCGCAAAGGAGCCUGGUCCUCACGGCUGCCCAUUUACUCUUUGUGGCCAGCAACUGCUCCGGCUAUCAAUCGACUGGUUUCCGUACCAUAUACGCCAGCGCCGCGCAGCCGGGGCAGUGCACAAUGGUGUCGAUGGGGGGCUCGAGUCUGCGGCCGGUUCACAUCGCCUCGGUUCACACACAGCAGGACUCUGGGGCCUUCGCUCCACUCACCCGCCAAGGAACGCUUGUGGUGAAUGAUGUGCUCACCUCCUGCUUUGCCGCCUUCGACAAUCACGGCUGGGCGCAGUGGGCGUUCGGGCCGCUGAGGCUUUAUUACAGCCUGACCAGGCAGAGCAGCGUUCAGGAGGAAGGGCUGCACUGGUACUCACGCCUUCUCUACAGGCUGGGAACUCUGUUGCUGGACCCUGGGCACUUUCACCCUUGGGGGAUUGCCGAGACAGAAAGAUGAAGGGUGGUGCAAAGGGAAGGGGAGGGCAACAUGCCUCUUUUCCUCAUCCAUGGCACCUUAAGAACUUCCCGUUUAUUUAUAUCCCAUAAACAUGCUUUACAAACCAGCUCAGCAAGGACUUCUCAAGAUACUCAACACCAAUCACACCCCCCAGUGAUGCUGGGGAUGGAUCACACACAAUUUCAACAAGACAAGCAGAUCCCAAAAAAGAAGAAACAGUUGAAGAUUAAAUAACGAACAAACUACCUUAACCAUUGUGUAUUUGAUUAUAUUUUGGAUACAUUUGGAAUAUAUGAUUUUGGCCCUGCUGUAUAUAAAAUAUGUAAGGGAUAUAUGCAGUUUGUGUUUGGAAUAUAUUGAAAAUGUAUCAGAGUGCUUGUUUAAUGAAUUAUAUCAAGCUCGAUAUAUGUGAACCCUUUCUCCAUUGUUUAUGAAAAUGAUAAGUACUACUUCGUCCAUUCUAGAUGCUCUUCUAAUUUGUCUCUAUUUUUAAAUCCCUGAAUGAAUUUGGGAUCUGUUCUGGUUUGGUAUUGCCUUUGUCUUCCAACUGUAACUGCAUUACCUUGAACUGUAGCCAAUAAUAUUUAAAGGAAUAGCUGCACACAUGCAAACCUGCUUUUCACUUCACUGGCUUUGUGCACAUUGCAGAUAGCAAUCCAUAAUGACAACCAAAGUUUCUGCAAGACACUGUGCAAGGGUGGCUAAGGAGCUUUUUACUUGUGUUUUUUUUUUUUAAAGAAAGAGCAGUUUCUUUAGUAACCAUGAAGUACACCGGCUCCUAUGCCCUGGGUUCUAUAUCCUUAAUGUCAAUGCACUUCUCUAGAAAGACCCUGUUUACCUGUAGGGACCACAGAUUCCUGGCCGCAAAGUCAGUUGCUAUUGUCCUUGCGCCCUACCCAUAAUGCUUACGUAUUUAUUCCAAGCUAACGUUUCUCAUAACCGUUGAUUCCAUGUGAUAUUUUCACAUAUGGUGGAUGGGUUAUUACAUAGUGUAAUCUGGUAGCUAGGUUUGUCUUAAAUAAAACCACUUUCUACUAGAAUGGAAGUUUCUUUAGCUUCCCCUCAGUUUGUCUCUCACAUGCUAGUCAGGGAACUCACUUUAAAGCGAUUGAACAAACCAUCUUUACUCCUCCUCUCUCACUUGUAUAGCAUCACAAACAAACCAAGACUUCAGAGACUUUCAAAUAAGCAAAAUAUAGUUUUAUCCCAGAUGUUCCCAAAUGCAAUGUGCAUUGCAUUGCACUGAAACACACUGUCAUGAUACAAAGGAUUUUAAAGCUACAUUUCUAAUGACACAUACAUGCAUAAAAUAUGACACAUACAUGCAUAUACAUCUGUAUUUUAUGGAGACUGGCAAUGGGUGUAGCAAGGACUUGCACAUCAAAAACCUAAACAGAUACUAAGAAACGUCAAUAAACGUCCAUGUUUGACAGAGUAUAAUCCAAACGGAAUAACACAACUUCAGCCCACAAGACCUCAUACUUGUACUAAACAAAGCUGGACAAACCUUUGUUACAGUCUUUUUUAAAUUACUGAAAAGCUAGAAUUCAGGUAGACGAGCUUUUUGCUUCAUCAAGGUUAAUUGGCUUAAAUAUGUAUUACUCAUUGAGGCCUCUGUUUAGAGAGAAGUCCAUAACUCAGCGUCAGGCAUUCAGAUGGUUUGAUGUGCUGGAUAAAACAAAUAAAUUGUUCAGUAUUAGAGGGACUGAACAUAUGGAUAUAGUCAUUCCAACAGAUAUGACAAAGAGCAAUUGAGGACCCUGCAGGCUGUAGUAGCGGGCUUUAUGAGGGUAGCACUGGAAUUACAUGUGUGGUAAUCCAAUACCUGCAAGUUCUGAAGGCCAGGUGACUAGAUUUUUUUGACUAUCCUGUGGAGUCCUGUAUGUAUAAGUCUGAAUAUGGGCCUGAGUGAUGUCUUUUAACAUUUGAAACAGUAUGAAAGUCACUUCUGUUUGUAUUUCACAACAUCACAUAGCUUUACUUUUAUUUCAUAGAUCUGCUCCUGAAUACCACAGAUGUCCUGUGUGCGCAAUUUCCAUGCACACUGCCACACAUGCCACUCAAUUGAUUGAUGUCUUUGAAAUGGAAACAGCCUUUGUUUUACUUUGAGUGUGAGUGACCCCUUGUUAGUGUGAGUGGAGGUUAAGUGUGGGUAACUCAGUAAUGGUAGAAGUGAUUUUGAUUUUUUUUUACCGUUAUCACAGAUCGUUUGACACAAGCCUGAUGUAACAUAUACAACACUGUCCAAAAUGUUUAUUUUAUUUAAAGUUAUGUGUGGGUAUUUACACAUGUAUAUCA